AUGCCGUAUGACUUUGUUAGGCCGAAGCGGCCAUCCCCCAGUGAAGACAUUGUGGGAGCGAAGGAAAAAGAAAGCGAGAAUGAGGACGCUGAGGGGAGAAUCCAGCGGGAGCUAGAGGCGUGGCGCUUGCACAUGCGUCAAGAGCGGCAACGACGUCUCUUAGCAGCGGCUGCGAGGGCGGAACGAACGCGAAAUGCCGAGGCAUCACCACCGUCUCACCUUGCCCCUCAGGACCUGAAAGGCGACGGUAGUCACCACAGCGACGCCCCGCCCCGCCAGGAUUUGACAGCGCUGCAGCAGUACCGCAGGGAGUUGCGCGAGGUGGUCGCUGGGGCACAGCAGGGGCGGGGGAACUCCUGGACGGGGUCUGCGUGCCUUCGGCGGCAGCGACGUUUGAGGACAAACGGUGUCACCUACCAUGAGGCGCGCAGCGUUCUUAGAGAGUACAUUCAUCGUCCUCCACCACCCUCUCCAAAUGUGCGGAAAACGCCCGCUGGCGCACUUCGGGCGUACAAGGACGCACUCGCGCUUUCGGUGAGGGCCUGCAGUGAGGCGCCGCUUACGACACCUGCGCGGUGGCACCAACGGCCGUUGCGUAGCAUCAGUACACACAACCGACGACAGGAGGUGCCAAGGCCCAACUUAGUCGCAACGACACGGUCGAUGACGCUGCGAAGAAGACAUACCGAGUCUUUUUUCACGGAUCAUGCAAACGCUUCUACGCCGAGGUUUGGCCGCUACCGUGGUGUCCAGCCAAGUAAGGAGAUCAAGGCCUUGAAACCAUCCCGGCGACCCGUGCUAGAACCAACAAGAGCCUACCGAAACGCGAUGGGGCAGCAGGCGGAGGAGUACAACCAAAAUGCACCGUGCCGGGAACAGUCAUUUUAUACUGAGAAGGAAGUGUCCCCACGGAGUAGUGUGACAUCGCGGCAUCCGAGUCCGCGAAGGUCCACAACGCGGCCGAUGGUGGCGUACCCCAUCGAUUCCCCUCAACCAUGUCAGCCAUCCCACGCCCCGUAUAUCCGCCAAGAGGAGGAGCCGGACGACGUGUUUCACGCCUCCACGCGAGCCUCCCCGGAUGCGGAAGUAGAUGUCUUUUCCCAAACGCCCGUGUUGAGAGGGGGUGGCAUGACACUGCAUUAUGAAGAGCAACCGCGACGUGAGCCUUCACCGUUGCUGAGAGAACUUCUUGGCAAACUGUCGCUCUCCUCUCCCUCACUCUACCGCCCCGACUUGUACCAGGGCAGGACGUGA